CCGGCGCCCGUGACAUCGAACUCCCCCACCGCCUCCUCUGCAUCGAGGGUGCCCGCCGCCCAUGGUCACGAUGCCGAUGCAGGGGCGCCGCCGCCGUGGCCUCCGGAUCCGGCAAAGGCAACGCCUUCCACGCCGUUGCGCGGGCCCGAGCACUGCGGCGUCCACCACCUGGGCGGACCUAAGCGGCACUACAUCCACCACCUACAGGCACUACAUCGUCUUCUACUACUUCAACUCGCCAUCAGCUUCGCGGCGUCGCUCCUGCUCAGACUCCACCCUUGCUGUAGAAGGAUGGCGGCAACAUCUACCUGCUCCUCACGUGGGCGGUGAUGCUCGGAGAUAGUUCAUGCCUCCAUGGAGCCUCCAGGGAGAGAGGCUAGAGAGAUGCAAGAGAGAGGCCAGAGAGAUGCGACAGAGAUGCGAGAGGGAGAGAUGCAUCGGGACCCGGGAGGGGGGAAAAGAAAGGGGUAAAAGAAAUGAGACGCUGAAAGUUGGACCCACAUAUGAUAGGAGAGUAGGGGCUGAAAUUUGAGGACCGUUGCUGGAGCUGUGGGUAAAAAUUAUAGUUUCUAAAAUAGGGAACCAAAAUAGGAGCUAUCCCUGGAGACGCUCACUCAGUUCACAACGAGGAGGAGUAGGAAUAAAAAACGAAAAAACUUCAAGUUUUGCUGCACCUAGCCCGUGGGCCCGUCCCCAACCCCGGGCCGAAGCCCACACACACCGUCGAAUAGGCUGGACCCCACUGUUUGGGCCUAGGUCUGCGGCCCGCCCGUUCCAAGUUGCGCAUUUGGGCUGCGGACGCCUUUAAUUUGGCGCGCUGGACGCAGGCUUAAAUUGGCCUGCAAGUUCCCCUUGAUCAGUUGUACUAGCUUGUCCUAAAUUUGAUUUGAUUUGAUUUUUGCUGCAGACUCCUUUAUUUGAUCCUAAACAAAAUGCUACUGCAUGGUAUGGCUAAUGUUUCUCAAAAGCAUUACCAUCUCGCAAUUUCUGCCCUUUGCUUUUCUUGCUGUAGUCUGAACAUUUAUACAGGCACGGUGUUGUGCAGUACACAUUCGUUGUGCCCAUGAUGCUCGCAGCCUCUUUCCAAGAGAGAAAGAGACCAAGAAUAGAAGGCCACCCAAACAAGGGGCACCAGUGCUGAAACUUUGAGGAAAACAUGUCCAGAAGACACGGUCAAAUCCUGAAAGCCUGAGGCCGAGACUCGUCCAGCUGUCGAGCCCGUCAACGAAAGCCGGAAAGCCAUGCAUGCUUGGUAGCUGAAUCUGAAUGACUCUUGGAAUGGAUGAUCGGCUCUUCCAUCCACAAUUCAGUCCUCCUGGGGGUGGUUCGGCAGGUUGAGGUGGUCGUGAAGAACAAGCUAGAGAGAUGUCUACGCUGCCGGGCUUCCUGUCCGUGCGCGUGCUGCGAGGGGUAAACCUUGUUAGCCGUGAUGCAAAGGGUAGCGAUCCCUAUGUUGUGCUCAACCUGGACGGCCAGAAACUGAAGACAGGUGUGAUGAAGAAGACGGUUAACCCAGUCUGGAACGAGGAUCUGACAUUAGCUGUGAAGAACGCAUCAACACCCAUCAAGCUAGAGGUCUUCGACAAGGACACCUUCAGCAAAGACGACCAGAUGGGCGACGCGGAGUUCGACAUCGAGGCGCUGAUGCAGAUCAUCCAGAUGGACCUGGAGGACAUCCGCAGCGGCACCGUGGUCCGCACCGUUCGCCCCGGCAGUCACUGCUGCCUGGCGGACGAGAGCCACAUCAUCUGGGAGAACGGCCAGGUGGUGCAGGACCUCCUCCUCAAGCUCAGGAAUGUCGAGACCGGCGUCGUGCACCUGCAGCUCAGAUGGGUCAGCAUCCCAGGUAACAACAAACUGCAAUACCACUGCUACUACACAGUACAUUCAGAUCACUUACUCUAA